UACAAUUAACUGAGAACUAGAAGAUCAAAUUCGUUCUAUGAAUGAUUAAUUUUAUUAGUGAUAAGUGCUUUUGUGCAAGGUUAUGAUUGAAUCGUGCUACACUACUAAAAGGACAAACGAGUACACACAAAAUUGGCAAUGUGCUAAUCUCUCGCUCUCUCACACACUCUCGCGCAGCCACUCAGUUGUUAAUAGAGAAAAAAAGGGCCAAUCAGCAGCAGAGCAGCCGACGAUCGCCUAUUCCUGCCUGACCGAUGCGGAUGAUCGUGUUAAAUAUGUUAAGAGUUAUUUCUACAAAUCAGUUAUUGUCAGUUUGAACUCGGUUAAGUGAAGAUCGACUGUAGGCAAGUGUUUACAGUGAUAUAAGAAACAGUUUUUUUUUUCAUUCGUGAAGGAUUUCGAUCCCGAAGCUAGAUAGCACGGACAUCUAAUAGGAUUUUUGGAGAAUGGACCCUCCGUCGUCAGCCACUCCGUUGACGUCGUCAUCGCGAUCAACACCCAAUCAACAGUCCGUAGACAAUGCCACCAGUGACGAACAGCGGAACGACACACUAAGCGUAGAUAAAGCCGCUCUCGAUGAAAUGCUCAAUACCAAUGCGUUCACGGUGCCACGUGUUUCCCCCGUUGAUAGUGGAGCAGUCGAAAAGUACAAGCUGACCGGUAAACGACUCGAUCGAGGGGUCGUUCAGUCGGGUUUGACGCACGAAUGUGGAGUAUUUGGAGCAAUCGCAACGGGUGAAUGGCCCACUCAGAUGGAUAUCGGGCAAGUUAUCUGCCUAGGCUUGGUGGCCUUGCAGCAUCGGGGUCAGGAAUCGGCUGGUAUCGUUACCAGCGAGGGAAAAUGUGCCAAGAAUUUCAACGUUCACAAGGGGAUGGGAAUGAUCAACAACAUCUUCACGGACGACUCGAUGAAGAAGCUGAAGGGUAAUCUGGGUAUUGGUCACACCAGGUACUCGACUUCGGCGGCUUCCGAGGAAGUCAACUGCCAACCGUUCGUCGUCCAUACGGCCCAUGGAGCUCUUGCGGUGGCCCACAAUGGAGAAUUGGUGAACUGCGACAGUUUGCGAAGGGAUGUACUGUCCCGAGGUGUAGGCUUAUCUACACACAGCGACUCGGAACUGAUCACGCAAGCUCUCUGCCUGAAUCCUCCGGAUGGCGAAGGUGACGGUCCGGAUUGGCCCGGCCGUAUUAAACAUCUCAUGCAGCUAGCCCCACUCUCCUACUCCCUGGUCAUCAUGUUGAAGGACAAAAUCUACGGAGUUAGAGAUCCGUACGGUAACAGACCUCUCUGCAUCGGCAAGAUCGUACCGCUGAGCAUCGGAUCCUACAGACAAGAAAAAGUAGACAAACUGGCAGCCGAAGGCUGGGUCAUCUCGAGCGAAAGCUGUGGUUUUCUGUCGAUCGGAGCGAGGUACGUCCGAGAAGUUGAACCGGGCGAAAUCGUGGAACUGACCCGCGAUGGAAUCAAAACGAUCGACAUCGUCGAAUGUCCGGAAAAUCGCCGCCAUGCGUUCUGCAUCUUCGAGUACGUGUACUUUGCGCGAUCGGAUUCCAUCUUCGAGGGUCAAAUGGUUUACUCGGUGCGAUUGCAGUGCGGUCGACAGCUAGCUCGUGAAGCCUACGUAGACGCUGAUAUCGUAAGCUCAGUUCCCGAAUCGGGAACGGCCGCUGCACAUGGUUACGCUAGAGAGGUAACUUGUAGCCUUCAUGGAAUUCCUUGGUCAGAUUUUAACAACUUCCCCCAACAGACUGGUCUCCACUUUGCGGAAGUACUCUGCAAAAAUCGCUACGUUGGACGUACCUUCAUUCAGCCUUCGACUCGCCUCCGGCAGCUAGGUGUUGCCAAGAAAUUCGGUGCUCUCUCGGAAAAUGUCUGCGGCAAGCGGGUGGUCCUGAUCGACGACUCGAUCGUACGCGGCAACACCAUCGGACCGAUCAUCAAGCUUUUGCGGGACGCUGGUGCUAAGGAGGUUCACAUUCGUAUCGCCAGUCCACCGCUGCUGUACCCGUGCUACAUGGGUAUCAACAUUCCAACGCGGGAGGAGCUGAUCGGUAACAAGCUGAACCCGGAAGAAUUGGCCAAGUAUGUUGGGGCGGAUAGUUUGGCUUACCUGAGUGUCGAGGGACUGCAGAAGGCGGUCCAGUCGAACAUGAGAAAGAGCAAUCCCGACAAGGUGGGACAUUGUACGGCCUGUCUGACGGGAGACUACCCCGGUGGGUUGCCGGACGAUUUGGAUUGGUGAGAUGGAUGGGGGCGGCCACUUUCGGUCGUGUGAAUUUUACUUUGUUUGCUGCUCCGUCAUAUGAUGCGCAUGACAUGGUUCAAUCCAUCGUGGGUUUGAGAUGUAUUGCAUAGCUUAUAGAGUUACGCUGUUGACGAUGUCCGAUCUGAGAUCAAUUUUGACAUUUAAUUUAGGGACAUUACAUGAUAAUAAAGACUAGAUUUAUUCUGCAA